AUGGCUUUCACUGAUGAAACUAGCACGCUAACCGACGAGCUAAUUAUAGCAAUCGCAAAGAUUGAUCCAAAUAAUACGUCACGACUCAAACAUCUGAAGCGUCGUGUCGAGGAUUCUUUCAAGUCAGCCUCUCAUGGCCGCACUGACCAGUUCGCGGUUGCAAAGCAACUGGAAGGCUUACAAGAGAAAUUCCAGGUGCUCAAUAAAGAUGAGCUAGCGGACGCUCUUCGGGUGCGCUUGACAGAAUUAGAGGAAUACCGCAACUCCUGGUUUCCUGAGAUCCUGUCCUUACUUCUACAACUAUCGAACCGUCCUGCUCUGUUGUCAGAGCUUAGUCGGCUCCCAAAGCGUCAACCUGAAGGGGUCGUGGAGAGGCUCUCCUGGUCGGAACUGGAUGCUUCAGGAUCUGCAUAUUGCGACGACGAUAUCUGGGAAUGUAUCGAUUAUGGCGCAGAUUCAUCUGAAGAAGAUGAUGAGUUGAUUUCUUCCGGUCGUAGUGAUGCUUCUGUGCCACAAACUUUGCCUUCAAGUCCCAUACCCUCGGACGAGGAGUAUGACAUCCCGGAUGAAGUUUUCUUGCCUGACGCAGACCAGGACUUUAUAGUCGCCAUCAAGGAUGCUCAAUUUUGGAGGGCCGAAAAUCAGGGUGUUUUCACUCAAGCCCGGAGCGCUUCCUCGCAAGUGGUUACAGAGCUUCAAGUUAUCAAAGAGACAAUUUUCAUGCUGCAGGGGCUGCCUACAUCGUUGUUCUGGCGACUCGAUGACAACAUCGAGGUUGACCGACGGUACACGCUCGCACAUGCCUCGAAUGAAUCACUGACAUCGCUAUUACAAUCAUUGGGUGUCAUUGGCGCCAGAAUAGAUGUUCUAAGACAGUUUACGAAGACCAAACAGGCAGUUCCCUUCAUGCAGACCUUCCAUCGGUGCAUCGAGGGCCACCUGCACAAAUUUGAUGCCUUUUUAUCAAAGAUCCAGUCUGGUUUUCUACCUCAACGUACGUCUGUAUCUAUUAGCCUUCUCCAGCUGGCCGAGGAUGUUCGCAAUGAGUCACGGAUGCUCGUGAUUCUUUCUGAUCUGAUUUCCAACCUCCAGUGCAAUGCUUCAGGCAAUUGCGUACGUUGUCUUGAUCUGCUGUAUGAUUCGGUCUGCUUGAAUCAAGCCACCGGCGAUGACUCUGAAUUCAAAGUUCUGGCAGGUCUGUUUUUAUCAUGUCUGGAAACUUAUAUGCGCCCGAUCCACCGCUGGAUGGAAGAAGGGCAGUUGGACUCCAGACAAGGGACAUUUUUCAUCAUAGACAAUCAUAACGAUAACGAUCUUCGAAGUCUAUGGCGCGAAUGGUAUACAUUGGAUGAGACCUCCGGGCUUGAGCAUAUACCACAGUUUAUGAAGCCCUUUGCUCGUCAGAUUUUUACUGCUGGUAAAAGUAUGGUUUUUCUCCAGCAUUUGAAUGCGCUUGACGAGGUUGAACAACAUCAGAAGACUGCUCUGACUUUCGAGGGGAUGUCCAACGAUGAACAUGCUUCUUUAGUCUACCUCCCGUUUGCCGCCACCUUUGGGUCUGCUUUAGAUAAGGUGGUGAAGGCAAACCAAUCUUUCACGUCAAAUCUGCUGCACCAGGAACUUGAUCGGCAAUGCGGACUGUGGACUUCACUUAACGCCUUGGAGCACAUCUACCUCUGUAAGGACAUAAGUGUCUCGGGUGCCAUUGACGGCAAGAUAUUCGAUCUGAUGGAUCGCGGCAGAGGCGCCUGGAGUGAUAGAUACCUUCUCACUGAACUUGCACAAAGUGCGUUUAGCAGGCUGUCUUUCGUCGACCCUUCCAGGCUUAUUGUCCGCUCGCACCAGGAUCCAGAGGGACUCGGCCGUUCCGUUAAGAUGCUCAGAAUGAUCUCUUUCGACUAUAUCCUCCCCUGGCCCGUUGCGAACAUCAUCACCAAGGACGCAAUCCAAAGCUACCAGCGCAUCUCCAUAUUCUUCAUGCAAAUCCGCCGAGCAAAACAGCUGGUCGUGAAGCAGCGCCUGCAAUACACUACUGAAACCGACGCAUUUUCUACCGACAGGGCCAGCAACGCCUUGAGCUACGCCCUGCGGCACAACAUGCUCUGGUUUCUCAACACGCUCUACAGCCACAUGACGGAUUUCGUCAUUUCCACAACAACAAACUCAUUCCACCAAUCUCUCGCUGCCGCCAAGGACGUCGACGCAAUGAUCGCAACACACCGCGCAUACAUGUCCUCCCUGGAGGACCAGUGUCUCCUCUCCAGAAACCUCUCCCCCCUCCACCAAGCCACAAUCGCCCUCCUCGACCUCUGCGUCUAUUUUGCAGACAUCCAAGCAACACGCCACGGAGAAAACCAAUUCGACCACUCCAAGACCCCGGGCAAAUACGCGCGACUGCCUCGUCGAAAACCCCACUUUGCCUCCAAAGACGAGGAACACAGCGACGAGGACGAGCAGGACCACGACAGCGAUUCGCAGGAUGAUUCAGACGCGGAUAUCGGGAAUACCACUGCAAUCUCCUUCUACGAGGCACCAUACGCGGACCGGUUAAGGGAUGUUCAAGACCAAUAUGAUCAGCUCGUUGGCUUCCUGGCUGCUGGGUUGAAGGGUGUCGGACGCGUGGACGGUCAGAUUAGCUGGGAGAUUCUGGCUGAGAAGCUGGAGUGGCGGAAAAGGCGCCCUGCCGUGUAG